UAGAAAUAGAAUUUUCGUUUUAUAGAAAUAUUGAUUGAUUGAUAUGCACGAGUGUGAAAAAGUAUAGAGAGAGAGAGAGAAAGAGAGAGAGAGAGAGAGAGAGAGAGAUGAUUUUGAUAUAUAGAAAACUCAUUGGAGUAAAGAAAGCGUUGUGCUCGUGAGAGAGGGACAGGGACAGAGUGAGAGAGAGAGAGAAGAAUAGUCUCUGCCCAAAGCAACAGACACACCCACACUCCAAUCCAAUUCACACACAACACAGUUUAGAGUCUAGAGAAAAAGGGAGAGAAAGAUUCAGAGGAGCGGAAGAAGGAGGUGGGUUUUCAUUUUUGUUCAUAGAGAAAUGACGGGAGCUGCUUCAUCUGGGAGGUUACCAACUUGGAAGGAGAGAGAGAACAACAAGAGGAGAGAGAGAAGGAGAAGAGCCAUUGCUGCAAAGAUUUACUCUGGUCUUAGAGCUCAGGGAAACUAUAAACUUCCUAAACACUGUGAUAACAACGAGGUUUUGAAAGCGCUUUGCUCUGAAGCUGGUUGGGUUGUUGAAGACGAUGGUACUACUUACCGAAAGGGAACUCAGCCACCAGCUGUAGAUAUUGGGGUUGCUUCAACAAACAUUAGUGCAUGCUCCUCUGUUCAACCAAGCCCACAAUCCUCAUCUUUCCCUAGUCCUGUACCAUCCUAUCAUGCCAGCCCAUCGUCGUCCUCUUUCCCGAGCCCAACUCGUUUUGAUGCAAACCCCUCCAAUUAUCUUCUCCCGUUCCUUCGCAACAUUGCUGCUAUCCCUACAAAUCUUCCCCAUCUUAGAAUCUCAAACAGCGCUCCUGUAACCCCGCCUCUUUCGUCUCCAACUUCUAGAGGUUCGAAGCCAAAACCUGACUGGGAGGCUCUUUCUAAUGGCUCCCUACAGGCAUUGCGCCACCCUCUUUUUGCUGCAUCUGCCCCUUCAAGUCCUACACGCCGUCACCAUCUCACUCAUGCUACAAUACCAGAGUGUGAUGAGUCUGAUGCUUCAACUGUAGAUUCUGGUCGUUGGGUCAGUAUGCAGACAGCAGGAGGGGCACCCUCCUCAGUGGCUCCUCCUUCUCCAACAUUUAAUCUCAUAAAGCCAGUGGCUCAGCAGAGUAUUCUACAAGAUGCAGUUGGUGGGCAUGGCCCAGUUGGCUGGGGAAUCCCUGCUGAGAUGGCACGGGGCCCAGAGUUUGAUUUUGAGAACGGCAGGGUUAAACCAUGGGAGGGAGAGAGAAUUCAUGAUAUAGCUGUGGAUGAUCUGGAGCUUACACUUGGAAGCGGGAAAGCUCGUUGUUGAUCUUCCAAGGUUCAAAAUUUAGUAGGAGAAUGUGUACAAAUAGGGUGGGAAUAGUUUGCAAUAUCCAUGUGGAUUUCAUUGUGCAUUCUCGAAAUUACUGAUGGCGUCCCUAUGGAAUUGCUUUGGGGUCUACUGUUAUUACUGCAACAAUUGGGAAAUUUCAAAAUCAUGUCUGGUGCAUCUUGUCUUUGUUAUAUGUACAGUUCCUUUUCUCUUGGAGCCACUACAGAAAACCCGAAACAAUUUUUUUGUUUCGUGUGCUAGAGCGAAAUUUCACUCAAACUUCAUAUAAGGUAUCGAGACCGUAGGAUCUUUCGUGUUGUGGGGAAGACUCUGGCAUUUGAGUUUAGAGGUUAUUUUCUUCUUUCCCUAGCUAGAUUAUUAUAUUUAAAAUUAGAAUGUCUUCUUGAAUUGUUCAUUGAUCAUAAGAUCCAAUUAGAAUUAGCAUAUUGGGUGGUUUCACAUACCUCAAACUUCAGUUAUUUGUAGUUAUAUCAGAAAAGUAAUCUCUUUUCACUUGCUUAAA